CUCUCCUUUGACUCACAGAGGCGGCUCACCACUGGCGCACGGACCGUUGAGGAUACGGGCAGAAGAUGGCUGACUUAGCCGGGCACCUCAAGCCUUCGGCGGCAUCACCAGCAGCGUCACGCGGGCCGCUGAAAAGCUGCAAGACAUCCGCCGUCUGGAGACUGUAAACAGCUGCCUCUCUUCUCUCACCCCCCUCCUCACCCCCCCUCCUCAACCGCAAAUAUUGACAGAAGUAUCUCAGAGGGAACAUGGCAGAGAUGGAAAAAGAGGGCAGACCUCCGGAAAAUAAAAGAAGCCGAAAGCCAGCGCACCCGGUGAAAAGGGAAAUAAAUGAGGAGAUGAAGAGCUUUGCAGAGAACACCAUGAACGAGCUGCUGGGCUGGUACGGAUACGACAAGGUGGAGCUGCGAGACUCUGACAACCUGGAGAUGGGAGAGACGCCACAGCACAUCUCUGUCCUCAAAGAAAACUUGUUGCCAAAAAUCCCAGCCUCAACAGAGAGCGGUGAAGGCUCUCCGGAUGGAGCCAACAGCUCCCACUGUCUGCCAGGCUCCAGGAACGGAGUCACAGAGCCCUCCACCUCCAUGCCUGGCACCAAGGAACAUGGCAACAUGCCCAUCAUUGUCCCCAUGAUCCCCCCGCCACUGAUCAAGCCCCCCUCAGAUGAAGAUGCAUCCAACAUGCAGAUCCUGUGCGCCUGGUGCCAGAAGGUCGGCGUCAAGCGCUACUCUCUGAGCAUGGGGAGUGAGCUGAAGAGUUUCUGCAGCGAGAAGUGCUUUGCUGCCUGCCGUAGAGCCUAUUUCAAGAGAAACAAGCUGGGAUAUAUAAGGAAUUACGCUGCAAGAGACGACGAUGGCCUCGGUGGGAAAUUACCCCAGCACAGCUUUACUCAGGACACGCCCAGGCUUGUCUUCAAGACAAACAGCGAUGUGCUUGUGUGUGACUGGUGCAAACAUAUCCGCCACACUAAGGAGUACCUGGACUUUGGUGCUGGUGAGCGGAGGCUGCAGUUCUGCAGUGCCAAAUGCCUGAACCAAUAUAAGAUGGACAUUUUCUACAAGGAGACCCAGGCUGCGCUGCCGGGAGGGUUCUGUAACCCAGGACACGGGGGAGGAGGUGAGGGUAAGAUGGAGUGCGGCGGGGGGGUACAGCUGCUCACUCCUGAAUCUUGGGGAACGCCGUUAACGGACCUCCGGCGUAAAGCUCCCUCGCCAGGGGGGCCCUCAACAACCUCUGCAAUGGCCCCUUCUACUUCUUCUGCCACCUCCCCCUCAGACUCUGCAGCUGUCUACUCCCCGUCGUCCUCGUCCAAGAUCCCCACACCCAGACUCCACGAGAGCCCCACACUCCACCCUCCGCCUGUUCCCACUUUGCACCCCCCUGUCGGGGUUCCUCCUGGUAGCCCUCCAAUGGUGAUGACACCACGAGGACCCAUGCCCCUGCCCCUGUUCAUGGAGCAUCAAAUGAUGCAGCAGAUGCGUUCACCAUAUCUUCGGCCCUCUGCCCACCCAGGUGGGCCCCAUAGCCCCCUGUCAAACCCUAUGAUCCCUGGUAUUGGUCCACUUCCAAGGAGCAUGGGUCCAGCAUCGAGCCCCAUGCACAGGCCUCAGAUGUCUCCACAUGUUUACCCCUCAUCCAACCCCAACCCUGGUAUGAUGCCACCCUACCCCGGUUUCUCCAUGCCAGGCCUCCCCCAUUUCCCCCCAGUCAAUAUGAUGCCCAAUGGACGCAUUCCUAUGCCCCCAAUGAUGAACUAUGGCAUGCCAUCUUUGUCCCCAUUAGUACCCCCGGCAACUCUCUUGAUCCCCUACCCUGUCAUUGUACCAUUACCAGUCCCAAUCCCUAUUCCAAUCCCUAUUCCCUACAACCCUCAGGCUUCUUGGGACAAGCCGGAGAGGAGUGGCCCCUUCCGCAGUGCUCCAGAGUCAUCCGAAUUUUCAGCUUCGGGGCCCCACUCUCCAGGUUCCUCUGGAGGUCACAGGGGGGAGCAGAAAGUAGAGCCAUCAGUUCUAGAGCGUCUCUCUCCUGCACACUCAGAGAGGAGCAGGACAGGGAUGGUGGACUUGACUGUGAAGGCAGAGGACAAUUCGGGCAACCUGUGUCCAACCAGCUGCCCCGGACCCAUGGACGGGGUGAUUGAUCUAACUGUGGGCCAGAGGACUUGCCAACAGCAGGUCAUUCAGAGGAUGCUACCAGGGUUCCAGGUCAAAGUAGAGGCAGAGACUGAUUCAAGAUCUCCACCAGCUGCUGGGCUGAGUUGGGAAGGGAAGGGGAGUUGUGACGGGGGAGAAGGGGCCCUCUCACAGGGCUUCCUCGGUGCUACGGAGCUAGAAGGGGCCACACAACCAAACACACUGGAAUCAUCAGGUCCUCCCUCCAGCUAUAGCAGCCCUUCUUGCCAUGAUGACCCAUCAGUGAGCCAGCUAAAUCCCUGUAUCUCUAACCAUACCCCACCAUCCUUUCCAAGCACAGCACGGACCCAACCCCAAUCCCCGCCCCACCUCCAAACUAACCCUGCUGCCCUGUGUAAUGUCAUAGUCAAUGGUUCGGGGUGGCAUCCGCUUCUCCCUCCUGCCUUCGAGUCUUACACUGAGCGAGACAGUGUUGCAGGAGAAGGGGAGGCACAGCCAGCCAACGGUGACCUAGAGCAUGAGGCACUAAAAGAGAACAAUUGCUCGGUUGGAGUUGUAGAUUGGGAGCCGGGGAAGCGGAGCUUAUUGCAAGACGAGAUGGCAGACACGGUGGAGGGUAAGCCGGAUCCUGACUCCAACGCAGAGGAGGAUGAGCAUGCCUACUCCCUGCCGCUGCUGUCCACCGGAGGCUGUGUGGUCAUCCAGCCUGUGCCAAAGCCCGGCGCUGACAAGACGGCCAUCCUGUCCUGCUCCAUCAGUGCCCCUUUAUCAGUGGACGGGAGCCCUGAGCUGGAGCCGCCGCUAAAGAGGAGGUGUCUGCGAAUCCGCAAUCAAAACAAAUGAGAUGGACGCUCUGAGGACCACAGUGCCAUCAACAACACUCACUUGUCCACCCCCCACCUCCAAACCCCACCCCUCCCAGCGACACUACCGCACAUGUACACGCACACACAUACACUUUUUUCAAGUCCUCGCUCAUCGCCCAGUCUACCAGCACCACAAAUCGCCUUCGACGACUGAUGAGAGUCCAACCAAACAUGUUGAUGAGUAUCACAACAGAGCGCUCUGGACUCAUUUGGUCCGUGUGACAGACGCUCUGACGGAAUGAACUACAGACUUUGUACUGCAGACAGUAUAAUACUGCAACAAGAGGACUUCACCCCACUGCUUCUCUCCUUAUUUAGAGGCUCUCAGCCCACACUGCCCCUUACACCUAAUCCAGCGUCACCAUCAAAGCAAGAGCUCUUCACAUUGUCUGUAACUACAGAACGCACCAGAGUGAUUAAUGAAGGAGCCCCAAAGAGUGACUACCUUAUUUUAAUGAAAUUCUACCAUUUUGUCCAACAUGGUGCCACACCACAAGUAAAUCUCUGAUCCAGUAAGUGUUUGUUUUUUCUCUCACACCUUGUCACUAAGGUAUAUACUGAUUUUAGAAUUAUAGAGCCAUAGAGAUGGCAGAAAUAACAGAAAUUCUAACCAGCGAAAAUGUACUUGUCAAAGUGUUCUGGGUGAUUUUGAGGGGCGAAACAUGAACACAGUUAAUAGGAUGUGACUGAAGGACAAUUACAAGAGAUGUUUCAAUCAGAAGGCUUAAAAAGUGUCCUUGGACACUAAAUCACCAAUUUUGUGGAUAAUUAUUCCUUCUGAAUGAGCAUACUGGAAGAUAAAUGAUUAACCUUCACCAGCAAGGAAUGGUGUGUGAGCGGAAUCAUACAAUCUCUGGCAUGUCCUGUAGCAUCAGUUUGUUUGGUAUUAAACUCCACUUAAUUGACAUAUACUGUAUGUUGUAACAAAAGAAUGAUACACAGUUGCCAUGAAAAGCAUUCCUACCAUUGACAUUUUCACGCCCUUUGGAAUCUCGCCUGAGUGCUUAAACAGUACGCCAUACCAGUAACCGGAAUGGGCCCCCCUGCUGUUUUUAGAACGUUUCAAGGCUUAAUGCGCCUCGAAAAAGAACCUGGAUUGCAUGGCAAUAUAAAAACUCUGCCAACCUGCAGUGGUUACUUGCUACCGCAGGCUAGUACUUCAUCUUUUUUAUAAUACAUUACCAGUGAUGUUCCUGUAAUGGGCUAGUUUGAAACUGACUGCACUAAAUUUAGAGGGGGCAGAGGAAAGCCAGCUCUUUCAGAAUAAUUAUUGUGGGACUUAAAGUAACACCACACGUUCUUUUCUACAAUAAACACACUCAAGACAAAUGUUAUGUUUUAAAUAUUUAGAGUUAUUUAAAAUAUUGCUUCUUGCUUGUCCAUCAAUCCUGCCAAGUUUCUUAAUUUUUGCCAAUUAUCUUUAGUUUUAAGCCAAUUGUAAAGCCAAUGUUUUCCUUAGCAUGCUCUAUGUAUGUCUUUGUGCAAUUUAAAGGGGACAUAUCAUAAAAAAGUCACUUUUUUUUGUGCUUGUGAACAUACAUUAGGACAGUUUUCUGUCAAGGUCAUAAAACAUGGGAUUUAACAAAGCCAUUCAAAAUAUAAUGCCCCCUAUCUGAGCAUCUCCUCUCAAGGCAUCAGAACUGCCUUUGCAAAGAUUCAAUUUAUCUUUCUUGCCGGCUAAUCAGAGCAGACCAGGCUUUUCCGGGUCUUAAAGAGACAGGUGCUAAAACGGAGCAUUUGAAGGAGAGGUUGAAUAAACAUAUAUUCAGGAAAGCAGAAUGAGAUAAAUAACGGGUUUUUGAACAUUAAAGCUUGUAAACAUGUUCUAGUCAAAACCCAUAGUAAAAGUAUGAACAUAAAAAUGAGCGUGAUAUGUCCCCUUUAAGUGAAUUAAAUACAACUGUCAACGUUCAGUUUGAUCUGAUCCACUUACACUGCAGUUUAAGACGGUGAGCUAGGACAUCAAACUAAAAAUGAGCAUUUAGUUUACACCCUUAUGUAGGAGGUACAUUGUAAAUGUACGAGACAAGGUAUUAUCAUAUGCCAAAGGCCUCCAGUGUGAUGAAACAAAACAUGUCGCCUAGUUUUCAGUGGAAAUUGGAUUUGCAAACUGAAGAUUUGACCAGAUAAUUUAUAGUUGCCAAGAUAACAAGCACUUUCAAAACGAAAGAAAGAGUACACACGUGGAUGUCAAAAACAGUAUUACCCUCUUUUGUCUCUUCAUGGUUUAUUUAACCAAUUAAAAAGGUAUGUCACACUUCAUGGAAGAUGAAAUACAACUCUGGAUUAAUCUAACAUAGCUAACAACUUGAAUGAUCUUUAAAAGGACAUUUCACCCCAAAAUCUAAAAUACCUAUUUUAUCUCUAACCUGUAGCACUAUUUAUCCCUUUAGUGUUGGAGAUAGCAUCUGUAGAGACGCCUGCCUUCUCUUCAAUAUAAUGGAACCAGAUUGCAUUCCAAAUAAAUACAGAAAGAGAAGGCAGACAUCUUAACAGCUGAUGUCAAUAAAGGGUGAAGAAUAGCUCUGCAGGUAAAAGUAAAAAUAUAUAAUCCCAUCCCAUCUGACUGUUUUUGUAGUAGCCUUUGGUUUUUUUCUGUCUGAUUUGUUCUGUGUCCAAGUGAGGCCCAACAUUAACUCAUACUUACAUGUCACAAGCAUACAUGCAGCCAUCAUAUCACUUACACACAAUGCACAUACAUGUAACUGUGUACGUGUUUGUGAGGCAGGUGCAAUCAGAGAGCACAGUCGAGAUUAUAAAGUGUUGACUCAGAGUAAGCAGUGUGCAACUUUAUCUGUUGCCUGUUAGUCAGGCAUUUAGGCUUACCUUGAUGCUUGCCAAGGCCCAGCUUUGGUGUCACUUUAAGCAGUUCCAUGCCCCCGUUUCAUUUCUUUGCAAUCAAAGGCAGUUAAAAUGCUCUCUUUAAGCUGCUUGUUUCUGUCUCGUCUACCUUCUGCUGUAUUUGUCCAUAAGUAGAGAUACCCCUUGCUGUUAUUAUUUCAGAGAUAGCGGGCAGUUUUCUUGUACAGAAUCCAGAAACAACAAUGUAACUGGACACUGUUGUUUUUAUUGUCUGUAAUAUGGGAGUAAUACAAAGCCAAGGCCACAGCCCCACAACAUCCCGCUUACUGUUUUGACCAAAAAACAAAGAUGAGGUUUCUAAUCUUUUUUAAUACGUCAACUUUUAAAUCUUUUCAAUUGUUACUUUCUGCAAAUGUUAUAUUUUAUCAAAUGUACAAACAAUCAGCAGUCUGUAGAUUUUUAGAUUGUAAAGUCCCCCCAGGAUGCAAAAACAUACAGAGGGCAUUACCUCAGUAUCCCCAAUAGCUACAACCAUGUACAAAUCUGAGCCACUGCUCUGUCCAUAGUUACUGUAUGGGCCUGCACCAUUCGGUUCAAUAUAAGUAGGAAGGCAAUUGUGUCAGGUAAGGAGAACACCGUUUUUUAAAUGACCUAUAUGUUCUGGUUAGUUACUUUGGUUACUGAUGUAAGCUAACUGCUCCGAGCUAACUCUUUACUGUCUGCUAGCCCAAAACAGGAAAAUCGACCGGUAAAUCAAAGAAUGAUGAAUCCAUUUUGGAGUCGCGUGUAGCUGUCAUCAAGCGCCACCCGGGACAGAAGAUAUACUUUCAACAUGAAAUAUCUAAAGCAUAUGGCCAUAAGUCAUUGCAAAGAAUAUAUGAUUAUUUGAUAUAUUUCUAUUUGAGAGUUAAAUCAAAAGAUUGUCACCACUCUGGCUUAGCUUAGCAUAACACAGCAUUGAGAUAGUAAAUGGGUUUGCUCUGUACAAAGGUUUUAAAAGAUCUGUUUACCAGCACCUGGAAGUCUUACUUAUCAACAUAACUAUUUGUUUUCCAGUAUUAAUGCUUAAAGCUGGCUGUAGCUCCAUAAUCGGAUUUCCCAAAAAUGUUUCUUCCCCAGAGGGCACAUGUUAAAAAAUGUUGGCUACCUUUUCCUGUGACAUUGUUCAUGCGACCAUCAGACUAAACUUAAGCCUCCAACUGUAGUCCCAGCUUCAGCAAGCUGUUAGUUAGCCUAGCUCAACGCAAAUAAUAGUAACGGGGUAGAAGCUAGCCUUGCUUUGUCCAAAGGUUUAAAAAAAAUCGGUCCACCAGCACCUGUAAAUCCUACAAAAUACUAAAGUUUAUUUGGUCUGUUUCCAGUCUUUAUGCUAAGCUUACCUAACCGGCUGCUAGCUAUAGCUUCACAAGGAAAUUUCGCAAAAUGUUGAUUGUUCCCUCCUUUUUCUGACCCUUCUCACAGUCACACCAUCAAGCUAAAAUGACAAUUUACCACUAGUCUGUAAGAACUCCAAGUAGGCCUAUGUCAUUGUCUUUACCAGACGUUGAUGAGGAACUAACCAACAUAUUUUACUAUCUCUGCAUUUUCUCCUGCCUGACACCGUUACACACACAUUCAGACACACACAGACAAAACAACAUGCAUGAUCUGACUCUAAUCUCCACAAUGUUGUGUUGGCGUUGCAAACGAUACACUGUCCAUGUCUGAGACAGAUAUUCAAGAUAUGAAAGCCUACAUCUCAUGUGGAAAAAUUCUGGACCACUUAUUCAGUAUUUGUGAUGGCGAACAGACUCUUGACAAAUCUCCUGCAUCCCUUUUUUUGAUGAUGGACUACAGGCCUGGUCAACAGCCUGAAUUAUGCAACGACAACUUACUCCAACCCUAAUAUAGACCAGUGGUCCACAGACAAAAUAAAAGAUGACAUGACUUCAUGUUACCUUUCAAAAACAACAGAGAAGUUGCCUUAACUCUUGCUUGUAUAAUCUCCACAGUUAAGACAAUGAUGCUCGCUUGUAAAGAAGACUCCCUUCUUUGUACAAAAUGAAAUAUACCAGAAACAACAACUUUGUUAUCUUGCUAGUGUCAAUGUAUAGAUGAUCAGCUUUUUUUCUGUAACUUGGAUGGACCGUCACAUUUUUGCUAAGAAGAAACCCUCCUCCCAACUUCCUGUCCGUAACCAUCCAAUCUGUUCAACGUUUUAACUCGUGGUGGACUGUCAAUCUUUUUGUGUACAUUUUAUAGUAUUAUUUAUUGUUGACAAGUUUUGCAUUUGCAAAUAAUAAAAAAAAGUGAAGUUGACCGGAGCAUUCUAUUCCAAUGUAAAUGCCUGGUGAACAGUGAAAAGCUUUUUUAAUUAUUAAAAUGGAGAAAACAGUGAUAUGAGGAGAUGACCUUCUGUCUUUUUAUUAUGACCUUGUAACAUGUACAUAACAUGUGGCCAAAGUUGCUUUGGAAAAUAAUAAUUUUUUGUGUUGUAACAGUAUUUGUUUUAUCCAGUGAAUUGCUCAUGAAGACAAAUAAACAAGAGGCACACACAAA